UAUUGAAAUAUAGAGAGAGAAAAUCUAGAAACCUCCGACUCUGAGUCUAACUCUAACAACACCAUGUGCCAACAAAUACCAAACGCGCAUCGUUUGGUCUACGCGUUCCCGCCGCCUGCACUUUCUCUCUCCUCCCCCUUCCGUGUCUAAAAUAUAUCCGAGAAAGAUCAAAGAAAAUCACUCAACUAAUAUUAGAAGUACUGUACCAUUUGAUUAUUCCCCCAAUAAAGAGGUCUCUCAGACUCAGUGUGUGUGUGUAUUUUCUUGUGCGUGUUCGAAUGUGUGAAAUGGCUGUGGCAAAGGGCAACAACAGGAAGAAGCAUCAGAGUUACAUUUCAGUGCCUUCACAGAUAAUCAACUCAAUCUCACAAUCUUCACUUGAAUCUUUAUUACAGCCUCCCCUGAAGAAGCACGGUGGCGUCUCAAAGCUACGGGUUUUAUUCGAGAAUCCAAGAUUUUGGAUUUUCUUUAUUUUUGUAUUUGGGUUUCUUUGGAUGUUGAAGAUGUGGUUCAACUUUGAUCCAACAAUGCCUUUCUCGCAAAACCCAUGUCUUAUUCCUCAAGAAAAGGAUGAAAUUUCUAGUGGGUUUUCGAGCACUCAGGUAAGUACUGAGAAAAAUGAUGAAAAAUCUGGUGGUAAGUAUGAGAAAAGUGAGUUUUGGAAGCAGCCUGAUGGGAUGGGUUAUAGGCCCUGUUUGGAUUUCAGUGAUAGAUACAGAAAGGAAAGUGGUGAGAUUGUUAAGGACAGGACAAAAUAUUUGAUGGUGGUGGUUUCUGGAGGGAUGAAUCAACAGAGAAAUCAGAUUGUUGAUGCUGUUGUGAUUGCAAGAAUUCUUGGGGCUGCUCUUGUUGUGCCCAUCUUGCAAGUUAAUGUAAUCUGGGGUGAUGAAAGUGAAUUUUCUGAUAUAUUUGAUUUGGAACAUUUCAAGAAUGUUUUGGCAAAUGAUGUUCGAAUAGUUUCAUCGCUUCCUUCUACGCAUUUGAUGACAAGGCCGGUCGAGGAGAAAAGAACUCCACUUCAUGCUUCUCCCGAGUGGAUUCGCUUGCGCUAUCUUAAGCGGCUUAGGAGGGAUGGAGUGUUACUUUUACGCGGUCUCGAUUCAAGGCUUUCUAAGGAUCUUCCUUCCGAUCUUCAAAAGCUUCGGUGCAAGGUUGCUUUUCAUGCAUUGAGAUUUGCCCCACAUAUCUUGGAAUUUGGUAAUAAGCUUACAGAGAGAAUGAGAACUGAGGGACCCUAUCUUGCACUCCAUCUGCGAAUGGAGAAGGAUGUAUGGGUGAGAACAGGAUGUCUUCCGGGUCUAACCCCCAAAUAUGACAAGAUAAUAAAUGAUGAGAGGAGGAGGCGACCAGAGCUAUUGACUUCAAGAUCCAACAUGACCUAUCAUGAAAGGAAACUUGCUGGCCUCUGUCCCUUAAAUGCCUUGGAUGUCACACGGCUUCUCAAAGCUUUGGGGGCUCCAAAAGAUACAAGAAUAUAUUGGGCUGGAGGAAUUCCUUUGGGUGGAAAAGAAGCCUUGCUACCAUUAAAAAGAGUAUUUCCGUAUUUGUACAACAAGGAAGACCUCGCCUUGCCGGAAGAGCUUAAACCAUUUCAGAAGAAAGCUUCAUUAAUGGCUGCUAUUGAUUAUAUAGUUUCUGAGAACAGCGAUGUAUUCUUAGCAUCGCAUGGUGGAAAUAUGGGUCAUGCCAUCCAGGGGCACAGGGCUUAUGCAGGCCACAAAAAGACCAUCACUCCAAACAAAAGGCAAAUGCUCCCAUACUUUCUGAAUUCUUCUCUCCCUGAAGCAGAGUUCAACAGGAUUAUCCUCGACUUGCACCAAGAUUCCAUAGGACAGCCAGAACUCAGAAAUAGCAAAGCAGGACGAGACGUGACAAAGUAUCCCAUCCCAGAAUGCAUGUGCAAUAGUUCCACAAGAGCAUUUUCUUCCAUAUAACUUCUCAUGGCAUUGAUUUUCAUUGAAUUAAGUCCUUCGAAUGAAAAUAUGGAAGUGGACAGACUGCCAAGCAAGAUUGUUAAAGGUGCACGGAUUUGGUCAUAGGGCAGUGCUUGGAUUUUGCGUAUCCACUUUUACGUUUACAGCUCGCUUCAGUCAGGCUGUAUCUUAUAAUACCUCGCAGUAACGUAUGCUAAACAGCUUCAUUCGGUUCUUCCUCCUGUUUGUAGUCCUCUUGAUAAUUUUUUUGAGAACUAGGGAAGCAGUAAAUACGAGAAAUAUAUACGUAUUUUUUCAUUCGAUUUAUUCUUUAUGUUGUAUUUGAGGAAGACGUCCCAAAAAUGUUCAUAUAUACAGAUAUAUUAAUAAAUUUGCCUACAUUUUGCUGGAUUUAUUUUCA